GGAAACGAGGGUGUUGGCAAGUAAAUGAAUCCAGAUAUAGAGACAAGUCCAACAAGUUUUUUCUUUUCCUAUCUGAUACAACAGAGUACAUACUGUGUUCAUUUUUGAGAUUUUGAUCUAUGUGAUAGGUUGUGGCUACACAAAAUGGUGCCUGAAAACAUGAAGAAACAACUUGCUUUGGCUUUGAGAAGCAUCCAGUGGAGCUACGCAAUCUUCUGGUCCAGUUCAGCUACCCAACCCGGGGUCUUGAGCUGGGGGGAAGGUUAUUACAAUGGAGAUAUUAAGACUAGGAAAACAAGUCAAGGAGUAGAACUUAAUUCUGAUCAAAUAGGCUUGCAGAGGAGUGAGCAACUGCGAGAGCUAUUCAAGUCCCUCAAAACUGCAGAAACCAGCCCACAAACCAAAAGGCCUUCAGCGGCACUGUCCCCUGAAGAUCUUACAGAUACUGAGUGGUAUUAUUUGGUUUGCAUGUCCUUCGUAUUCAACAUUGGCAAAGGGUUACCAGGAAGAGCUCUAGCAAAUGGCCAACCCAUUUGGCUCAACAAUGCCAAUUCCACUGAUUGUAGAGUUUUUAGUCGCUCUCUGCUGGCAAAGAGUGCAUCCAUUCAGACAGUGGCGUGCUUUCCUUUUAUGGAAGGGGUUAUUGAGCUAGGUACAACUGAUCUGGUCUCAGAAGACCUCAGUAUCCUUCAACGGAUCAGAACUUCUUUCUUGAAUAUUCUGUAUGUCAAUGUUCCUAAUAAGUCUGGAGCUACAUUGAAAUCAAGAAAUGAGGAAGAUAUUGCUUGUGUAGCAUUUGAUCAUAAUGCAUAUGAUGUUGAAUCAAUUCCAGAAGUAGGGUAUGAAGUAAUCAACACAGCCUCUCCUAAUGGUAGUUCAAAUGCUUUACAAGCCAAUCAAGCACCAGAUGAAACAUGCAUGGUUGAAAAGAUAAACGGUGGCACCUCUCAAUUCCAAAGCUGGCAAGUUAUGGAUGAUGAAUUGAGCAACUGUGUCCCUAACUCCAUGAAUUCUAGUGACUGUAUAUCACAAACUUUUGCCAGCUAUGAGAAGAUUGCUUCUGCUUCCAUGGGUGAAAACCCUUCUGACCCUUGUGCUAGAGACAUUCAAAAGUGCAAUAACCCAAAAAUGACCUUAGUGGAUCCUCUAAGUGAUGAUCGCCAUUAUCAGAGAGUUCUUUCUUCCAUUUUAAAAACCUCAGACCAGUUAAUUAUGGGGAUGCAUUUUCAAAAUUCUCAUCGUGAAUCAAGCUUUGCCAGUUGGAAGAAAGGAGGGGCAAUAGAUUACCAAAGGCCAAGAGCAGGAACCUCACAAAACUUAUUGAAGAAAGUAGUGUUUGAAGUUCCAAGGAUGCACUUGGAUGGGCUGCUCGAGUCUCAAGAAGAGAAUGAUUAUAAAGAAGGAAUGAGACUAGAGGGUGAUGAAAUUGGCAUGAACCACGUUAUGUCAGAAAGAAGGAGAAGAGCAAAACUAAAUGAAAGGUUUUUAACCCUUAGAUCAAUGGUCCCUUCAAUUAGUAAGGAUGACAAAGUUUCAAUACUAGAUGAUGCAAUUGAAUACCUUAGAAAGCUUGAGAAAAGGAUAGGAGAGUUGGAAGCUCGCAGGGAGCUAAUAGAUAUGGAGACUAGGACUAAAAAAUCACCUCAAGAUUUGGAGGAGAGGACUUCUGAUCAGUAUUUUAACAAAACUAACAAUGGCAAGAAAUCAGUGAUAAAAAAGAGGAAAGCUUGUGAGAUAGAUGAGACAGGGCUAGAGAUUAACUCAGAUGCUUUUAGAGGCAGUUCAACUAAAGAUAUUACUGUCAAUAUGAGUGACAAUAAAGUUGUGAUCGAAAUGAAGUGCCCUUCGAGAGCAGGAAGACUGCUGGAAAUUAUGGAAGCAGUUAACAGUCUCAGUAUAGACUUCAAUUCAGUUCAGUCGACAGAAGCUGAUGGGAAUCUUUUUCUGACCAUUAAAUCUAAGUUCACAGGAUCAACUGUUGCAACAGCAAAAAGGAUCAAACAAACACUCCAAAAAGUGGCUUCGAAGUGUUGAAUCUUUUGAUUUCCCUAAAAAACCAUGGGGAUGUUCAAUUUAGUUCCUUCCACUGCCGUGUGACUGAGGGUUCAUUAGAUUGAUGGAGUCACAGCUGCAAGUUCUUCUUGGAGAUUCUUUUUGAAGACUUUUAAUAAAAGGAAAAAAUAUAGUUUUUGGGCAAUACCAUAACUCUUGGUGAUGUAACAUGGACUUUUGUUUAAGCAGUUGUAAAUGAGUAGAUAGACUUAGUUGACUAGCCAUUAGCUCCUAUAGCUUAAAACAGCAUGAACAUUGACCACUGACUAUAUUUUGAUCGCUAGACACACAUUCUUAAUUAUGGUAAUCUUUCAAGUAGCACGUGAUAUUGAAAAU